UUUCCAUAACAUUGAUAAAAUAACAAACAUGUCAUUAAAUAAAAAAAAAAAAAAACUCCAAUUGCCUAAUCUUAUUUUCUUCGAAAGAAAAAGCCCCAACCGCCAUUAGAUCAGCCUUGAAGGACGUUAGAAGUUCGAUUUCAUUUUGAAUGGUAUCUCGUUCUACUCCUCAGUUUCUAAGAUCACAUGGCCUUCAACCGAAAAUAUCAAAAAUUUCAAUCCUCAACUCUCUUUCCUCUCUCAGAACACUCUCUUUCUACGCUUACUCUGAUCAUCCCUUCACCAGCUCCUCCUCUUCGUCUUCGUCUUCUCCUUCAUCACCUCAGUCUGUUGUCAGAACAAUCUGUGGGUUAGUCUGCGAAUCUUAUUACCAGCAUACCCAUUUGAGACAAUCACCUCCUAAGCUAAAUCUUAAUGUAAAAAUCGAAUCUUUGACCCAUGAACAGGCUACGACUAUUAUUGCUUCACUAGCCGAUGAGGCUGGUUCUAUGGUGGCAUUGAGCUUCUUUUACUGGGCAAUUGGCUUCGACAAGUUUCGUCAUUUCAUGCGGCUCUACAUAGUUUGCGUAAUGUCGUUGAUUGCUAAUGAGAAUUUGGUGAGAGCCCAUGAAGUAAUUCAGUGUAUGGUGGAGAAUUUUGCGGAGAUCGGGAGGUUUAAGGAGGCUGCUGAUAUGGUUAUUGAGUUGCAAAACCAGGGUCUUAUGCUUAGCACUCGCACUUUGAAUUCUGUGGUCGGCAUUGCUAGUCGAAUGUCUUUAGCCGAAUAUGCUGAGAACAUGUUUGAGGAAAUGCGGCAGAGAGGGGUAUCUCCCGAUUCUUGCAGUUAUAAGUCUAUGGUUGUUGGUUAUUGUAAGAUUGGUAGAAUUUUGGAGGCAGAUAGGUGGUUAAGUGAAAUGCUUGAGAGAGGCUUUGUGGUAGAUAAUGCGACAUUUACUCUGAUUAUUAGUACAUUUUGCGAAAAUGGUUUUACAAACCGAGCAGUUUGGUUUUUCGAAAGAAUUAUUAAGAUGGGCUUCAAGCCUAAUUUGAUUAAUUUUACAACUUUGAUUCAUGGUUUGUGCAAGAGGGGCAGCGUUAAACAAGCAUUUGAUAUGCUGGAGGAAAUGGUAAGGAAAGGUUGGAAACCUAAUGUGUAUACCCAUACCACAUUAAUUGAUGGGCUCUGCAAGAAGGGGUGGACUGAAAAGGCAUUUAGACUGUUCCUUAAGCUUGUCCGCAGUGACAAUUACAAGCCAAAUGUACAUACAUAUACUGCCAUGAUUAGUGGCUACUGCAAAGAGGACAAGAUGAACCGUGCAGAGAUGUUGUUGAACAAGAUGAAAGAACAGGGACUGGUUCCCAACACCAAUACAUACACUACCCUCAUUGAUGGGCAUUCUAAAGCUGGGAACUUUGAAAGAGCAUAUGAGUUGAUGGAUAUUAUGGCUACUGAGGGUUUUGCCCCAAAUAUCUAUACAUACAAUGCAGUGAUGGAUGGCCUCUGCAAGAAAGGGAGGCUUUCAGAGGCUUAUAAACUGAUAAAGAAGGGAUUUCACCAUGGAUUACAAGCUGAUAGAGUUACUUAUACAAUUCUAAUAUCUGAGCACUGCAAGAAGGGUGAUACUAAGGAAGCCCUGGUGUUUUUUAAUAAGAUGGUCAAGGUUGGUUUGCAACCUGAUAUGUAUUCUUAUACCACAUUGAUUGCCUCUUUCUGUCGGCAAAAGAAAAUGAAGGAAAGUGAAAAAUUGUUUGAAGACGCUAUAAAAAAUUGUUUAGUUCCCACAAAGGAAACUUAUACAUCCAUGAUAUGUGGGUAUUGCCGGGAUGGAAACAUAACCUUGGCCACAAAGUUUUUCCAGCGGAUGGGUGACCAUGGUUGUGUACCAGAUGGUAUUACUUAUUGUGCUCUAAUAAGUGGUCUUUGCAAAGAGAAUAAGUUAGAUGAAGCUUGCAGGUUAUAUAACAUCAUGAUAGAUAAGGGAAUGUCACCUUGUGAAGUUACCAGGUUGACAUUAGCUUAUGAAUAUUGCAAGAAUGACAAUUCCUUUACUGCAAUGGCUAUCUUGGAAAGGCUAGAAAGAAAGCAAUGGAUCCGAACUGUUAAUACCUUGGUCAGAAAGCUUUGCAAUGAGAAGAAAGUAGGUAUGGCAGCAUUGUUUUUCAAUAAAUUGGUGGACAAGGACCGUAACGUGGACCACAUAACGUUGGCUGCUUUUACGACUGCAUGUUAUGAGAGCAAUAAGUAUGCUCUUGUUUCAGACUUGACUCAAAGAGUCUCUAAAGGAAUUGGCUAGCAUCCCAUUGUAUCAAAUAUUUGCUGAAUUCAUUUGCUUUUCAGGAGCUAAAAAUUUUCCAAAUCAUGUUCAAGUUGCAGUUUUUUGGAGGAUUUAGCUCGGUUAAAUCCCUUCUUUAUAACUGAAAUGCUUGCUGACUUUUCAGCAUGCCAUGCCAAUGUUUCUUAUACUAUGCUUGAGAAGCUCCAUCGCCAUAACUCUGUUUAAUCCAUUCUUUAUAACUGAAAUGCUUGGUGACUUUUCAGCAUGCUAUGGCAAUGUUUUUAUGGUUAUGCUUGAGGAGCUCCAUUGCCAUGUACUACUGAGACUUUAUAAUGACCAACUAUGAUAAUCCCCAAAAAUCAGAGUGGUUGCUGGAAUGUUAAUGUUUGACUCAUUAUUUAUUGAUCAAUUGUUGCAAUUAAUCGUCUAAGCUGAACAUAUUUUGUUAAACAUUAUAUCAGUUUUUGGUUCUUUUAAGUUAUUAUAAUGUUUCAUGCCUCACUUGGCCAUGAUUCAUGCAUAUUCAUUCCAUA